GUGGUGAAUGAAUGGUGGAGUGGCCUUGGGUGGAGUGCCAGCGCCCAGUGGUUCGGAAAUAUCAAGAACGGAAAUUGGAAAACCUGAUAGACCUUGUCCUAAGGCUUAGGGAUUCCUGCAGGGUGUUUACUGGUCUGUUUCAGCGUGCAUGGUCACCCUAAGUAUAUAACUGGGGGACCGCAAUGAACCGGUCGGGCUCGUCGGACAGCCGCUCGUGGCGCGUCGGCACCCUGGGACGCACCCUGGGGCGAAAGGACGCCGCGCACAAGCCGCCGCCGGCUCAAGACCGGGAGCGGUACGACCCGCGCCGUUUCCAGGGCCAGGGCGUCACCUUCAAGGGCAAGCUGAUCGGUGUGCUGGCCGUGGGUGAGGCGCGCGGCGACCGCAUGUGUCAGGACGCGCUGGCCGAACUGAAGAUGGCCAUCCGCGCGGCCGGCGAACACAAGCAGAGGAUCGUCAUCAGCGUCAGCAUCGACGGCCUCCGGCUGAGGGACGAGCGAUCCGGGGACUGCCUGUACCACCACCCGGUGCACAAGAUCUCGUUCAUCGCCCAGGACAUGACAGACAAGCGGGCGUUCGGCUACGUGUUCGGCUCGCCGGACACGGGACACCAGUUCUUCGGCGUCAAAACGGAGAAGGACGCGGGACAGGUUGUCAUGGCAAUGCGCGACCUCUUCCAAGUCGUGUUCGAGCUGAAGAAGCAGGAGAUGGAAAAGAAGAAGCAGCGAAUAGCUGAGGACCAGCAGCGAAAGUCGGGCGCCACCUCCUCAGCGCGGAGUUCCACGGGCAAGUCGACCAGCCACGUGACGGGCCCGACGUGGGCACUGGGCAAGUCGGCGCUCUCUGACUCGGUCUCUGGACUGUCGGUACACUCGGGCCACAGUGUGGACCUACUCGACCUGCAGAUGGAGAUCGAGAACAUCGAGCAGGGCAUUAGCCAGAUGGACCGCAUGUCGCCACCGAUGGAACCCGCCGCCGCCCACGCCCCCUCCCCCGCCCCCGCCGCCGCCGCCCACCCCGCUCCGGCGGCGGUCGCCCGCGGCUCUCCGGCACCGGUGCGAGCCGCAGCAGCAGCAGCGGCAGCUGCCGACCCGUUCGGAGACUCAUUCGUACCGUCCCCGCUGCUGUCCCGGCGCGGCCGAACCACCAGCUCGGGUGGCAGCGGCUCGGGCGGAGUGCCCGUGGCCAUCGCGCCGCCUCCGGCGCUGGCCAAGAGCCGCCACAGCUCGUCAGGGUCUGGCCGCGGCGCCGGCACGCCGCAGCCACCGCCGAGCGUGCCCAGCGCCACCGGCACCCCGGCGCACGCACCGGUCGGUCACACGGAGCCGGACCCCACUCCGGCCGUCGAUCCGUUCGACCUGUUCACCGACCUCGACCCCCUCGGCUCCGGCAAGGCCAAGCCGUAUGUCGACAAAAAGGACUUCUUCUCCGACCUGAAGAAGCCCAAGCCGCGCCUGGACGGCCUGGCAGGAGAGGUGGCCCCAGUGCCGCCUGCGCCGGCGCCCGGGCCGCAGGGCCGCCGGCCACUCGACAAACAGACUCUGAUGGAGCUGUACGAGAGCGAGGAGCGCCGGAAAGCCGAGAACUCGUUCGGUGAUGACUUUGCCACGGCAGUGAACGGCAAUAGCCAGGGAUUCGAGUCGAGCUUCGCGGAAAGUGGUGAUCAUUCGAGUGCGAUAGCGGCGGCGCCAGUGGCGGCAGCGGCCGCGCAGCCGCCGGCCGCGUCGGCAGUGACUUUCAGCACGGAUUUCUCGGUGUUUGACUUUGACUCUCUGCGGACGGAGGCGGCGGCGGCGGCCGGCGGCGAGCCGGAGCCGGUGCGUGCCGACAGUCCGCCGGCGUUCUCGCCGCCGCCGGUGCCGCUGCCGCCGCCGCCGGGCCGGCCGCGCACGGCGGCCAGCCGCAGCGGCAGCAGCAGCCCGGCGCUGCUGCGCCGCGGAUACCUCAAACAGACCAGCAACGGAUCGGACACGACCCUCUCGGAACCGGAGCCGGCCGAGCCGGCGCCCGAGCCGCCGCCGCGGCCGGCACUCGUCCAGCCGCCGCCGCUGCCGCCCAAGAAGGCGCCGCAGCAUGUGGUGAUGAAGCCGCCGCCGCGGCCGCCGCACACAGAGGCUCGCUGGGACGUGGCGCCGCCCGGCUCGGUACCGCCACCGGUGGCCCAGGACGCGGGCGCGGCCGGGUCGCCGCCGCUGCCGGUGCCGGCGCGCCGCCCCCGCGUGUCCCGGGAACACCCGGACCUGACGCGCGCCAGCAGUCUGGGCGGCGCCGCCGUGCACAGGAAGGCAGCACGCGAGACGGCCAGCCUCGGGUUCAGCUCCUUGCCGCCGCUGGUCGGCGAGACUGGCGAGGCGCCGCACCCGGCUCCACCGCCCGUCAAUCGCCACACCAAGGACCGCGGCAGGUCGGGGGCGCCCGCGCCGGCUCCCGGCCCGGCCGCCGACGAGCCGCCGGCCGCCGCCGACACCCUGCCGCAGCAGCUGCAGAGCACGAGUCUGGUGGAUCUGGCAGCCAAGCUGCACAUCUCCGUGAAGCGGCUGGGCCAGAUGUCUGUGAUGGAACUGGCGGCGCACAUGGCUGCCACGGGCACCGCGCCUACCCUGGAGUCGGCAGCGCCACCCGCCGAACCCCCACCGCCUCCCCCGGCGGAGGAAGAGUCGCAGGAGGAGUCACCCAGCGAGGAGUUCAAGUCGCUCUCUCCCAUCUCCAGCCCGGAGGUGUCCAUCUACAAGAGCCCGCAGCUGCACCGGCGGGACCUGGAGCGCGGCGCGGCCGUCCGCUCGCCGGCGGCGCCGCUGCGGCCGGUGGAUGCGCUCUCUGCCGUGUCUCCCGCAGCCACGCCGUCUCCGGUGCCGCCGCUGCUCGAGACGGUUGAUGAGGACGUGUUCGCGCGGUUCGACGCCAAGUUCCCGCGAAGUCCGGUGGAUACCCCCAACUCGCCGGAUGACUUCCACUGUGAGUUUCCCGAACCGUCGGCUGGCGUGGGACAUACCUCCCCUGCGCCGGCACCGGCACCGCCGGCCGCGCCACCGCCCGAGCCAGAGGACAAGUACGCUGUGUUCCGAGAGCUGGAGGCAGAACUGACUGGUGAGAGGCACCUGGCCAGUGCCGGCAGCGCGCCCGCCUCGGACGAUAGUGAGGCAGAGCCGGACACGCUCGGCGCGGACCCGUGGAGCGCCGGACCGUCUCCCGCGCUCAGCAGUCACAAACACACCUUUGACGACGAUUUUGGCGCGUCGGGUGAGCCGGCCGCUGCCGAUUUCGCGCGGUUUGACUGUGAAUUCGGCGCGACGGCGGCGAGCAGCUCUAGCGCCGAGUGGCCUCAGGAGGAGGCGCCGGCUCCGGCCUCGGCCUGGGAGCGGCCGCGGCCCGGUGGCGGCAGCGGUCGCUCGGUGGGCUCCUCUGCGGGCUGGCCACGGCCGCGCGCCGAGUCCGUCCAGUCGACCCAGUCGGUCCAGUCCGGACCGGGCUCAGAGACCAGCUGGGAGCAGCCAGCGCGGCCCGACCCGGACCCCGGCGUGUUCAACGCGGCCGCCUGGGGCCGGCUGAGCGGCGACGGCGACCGGUUCGAGCCCCCGCCGGCGGUCCGCCGGUCGGCGCCGCUCCACACUCAGCACAGCCAGUUCGACAACGACUUUGUGACGGCGACCGAGGAGCGCGGCAGUCUGGCCGACGAGGUGUCGUUCGAAGAGCGACGCCGCUCGCCGGCUGUCGUCGACGAUCCGUUCACCUCGACCGACCCGUGGGCGACGACGUCUGAGGUGCCGGCGCCGGCGGCCGCGCCCUUCCCGGCGCCCGCCGUCGAUCCGUUCGCCGACGACGAGUUUUUCCAGUCGCCGGAGGGCAUUCAGAGCGACCCGUUCAAGCAAGAUCCGUUCGAGCGCAGCUGGGCGUCCGAGUUCAACGCCACACACGCGCACCAGCAGUAGUCAGCCGGACUCUGGUCUGCCAUCCGCCGCGGCCUGCCCCGCUCGGUCGUCUGUGGACAACGGAGGGUCGCAGCCUGCCGUCACCGAUCUCAGAAACUCAUACUCGCGUGUACCUCUUCGUACAAACUGACAAGUCAUUUUCUCAUAGCUGCUCUUGCAACUGCAGAUCUGUUCAUUGUGAUAGCGUCGCUCGGGCGGCGCGCGAUUGGACGUCGGCCCUAUGACGUCACGCGUGCGGCGGCGGUGAUUGGCGGCUCGCCGGUGACGUCACGCCGGCGGCGGCCGGUGAUUGGACGCCGGUGCUCCGAGUGGACAGUGGUGCUGUGCUAGUGUCCUGCGCACCCGUGACACUGUGACGUCAUCAUAUUGUGUGUGAGUGUGCGUUCGCGCUCGUGCGGUGACGUCAUCACCGCUUGGUAGCCACUGUGUGGACGCGGCGCCUGCUCGUAUCGUUUAUGCUGUCUGACUAAAUACUAAGCAAUCCAGUGUAUUUUGUGUUGGGGACUUGUGCGCUUGGCGUUUGUUCAAGUGUCCACGAUUUGCCUUCUUUGAAUGCUUCAGCCAAUAUAACAGCGGUCAUGU